AUGCAUCCGAACAUCGCCUAUGCCAUGCAACAAGUCUGCCUCCACAUGCACUCGCCACAGGACGUUCACCAGACGAUGCUAAAAUGCAUCCUCCGAUACGUCAAAGGCACGACACGUCUCGGCAUCCAGCCGCGUUGUGCACCAACGCUGACGAUCACUGCCUACUCUGAUGCCGACUGGGCAGGCUGUCCCGAUACUCGACGUUCAACAUCUGGGUUUUGUGUCUUCUUCAGCAACUCGCUCAUCUCGUGGUCCUCCAAACAGCAAACCACGAUUUCACGAUCAAGUGCCAAAGCUGAGUACCGUGCCAUCGCCAAUGCUGUCUCCGAGUGCUCCUAG